GAUGCAACUGAGACUCUCCUCCUAGCCGGCGCUUCCCCGUUUGCAUCAUCCGUAUGGAAAGCCCAACCGCUUCACAUCGCCGUAUCGCAAAACAACCUUUCCAAGGUCAAGACUCUUCUGUCUUACGAUGCUCCUGUCGAUAAGAGAGACAAGUUUGGAUUGACGCCCCUGCACAUUGCCUGCAUUGGAGGUUACAACAGGGUCGUUAGGGAGCUUCUCCAAGGCGGCGCC